ACCCUGUCUCAACUCUCCACAUACUAGUUCUGCUCACCACUGCUUACUUCCCCCUCUCUGGGAUCCAAGCCCUCACGGAGCUGCUCACUGCCUGUGCUGAACCCUGCGGUUUCACCUUCUCCCACUGUUUCUAAAGGCUUCUUCAUGGAACCUGGGGAAUUCUGGUCUGCAGCCUAUGCUUACACUCAGAAUUCUAUUGCUUGGGUUUGGAAAAUCCAUCCAGAUGAGUAACUGUUAGUCCGCCUUUGACAGUGAUGCAAGCUUGCUCACGUCUUGAAGCCACAUCCUUCCUACUUCCAGUGUCACAGUGACCCCUAUAAAUUCAUCUGGUUUCUCCUUUAUCUGUACCCAAAGCUGCUGUCUGGAGGAACUUUGCUUCCAUGGCUCAGGACAUGAUCCUGGAUCAAGCUAAGAGAACUUUCUAGGAAGCCUUUAGCUUGCUCAGCUCUUCCUAAGUCAGAGAUGACGAUUCACAGAAUCAAGUCGUAGUUUUUUUCCUUUGAGUUUUUCGAGUUAAGAAACUUUAAAAACUGUGCCAGUCUAUGGGGUACCCUGAGAUGUUUCAAUAUUAGCAUCUAGUUUCCUGGAUUUCUGCUAACGCCGUUUUCCGGAAGUGGAGACUUUUGACUCUUUUUUUACUCACACGGAGUUUUCAUUCCUGCUCUGCCAGCGUGGAUCUAAGCCCAAAGACCCUCGCAAGAGGUGCUGAUGAAGAUGAUGAGUGUUCGCUGCAAGCUGGCCCAGUAUCUAGAGGACCUGGAAGAUGUGGACCUCAAGAAAUUUAAAAUGCAUUUGGAAGAUUACCCACCCGAGAAAGGCUGUGUUCCGAUCCCCAGGGGCCAGAUGGAGAAGGCAGAUCACUUGGAUCUAGCCACACUCAUGAUUGACUUCAAUGGGGAGGAGAAGGCGUGGGGCAUGGCUGUGUGGAUCUUUGCAGCGAUCAACAGGCGAGACCUCUGGGAAAAAGCUAAGAAGGACCAGCCAGAGUGGAAUGAUGCAUGCACGUCUAAUCUCUCCAUGGUGUGCCAGGAAGACAGCCUUGAAGAGGAGUGGAUAGGUUUGCUGGGAUAUCUCUCCCGCAUCUCGAUUUGUAAAAAAAAGAAAGAUUACUGUAAGAUAUACAGAAGGCAUGUGAGAAGCAGGUUCUACUCCAUCAAAGACAGGAAUGCACGUCUAGGUGAGAGCGUGGACCUCAACAGACGCUACACCCAGCUCCAACUGGUCAAGGAGCAUCCAAGCAAGCAGGAAAGGGAGCAUGAACUCUUGACCAUUGGCAGGACUAAGAUGUGGGACAGGCCCAUGAGCUCCCUUAAGCUGGAGCUGCUCUUUGAGCCUGAGGAUGAACACUUGGAGCCCGUGCACACAGUGGUGUUCCAGGGAGCAGCAGGCAUCGGAAAAACAAUCCUAGCCAGGAAGAUUAUGUUGGACUGGGCCUUGGGGAAGCUCUUCAAAGACAAAUUUGAUUAUUUGUUCUUUAUCCACUGUCGAGAGGUGAGCCUCAGGGCACCAAAGAGCCUAGCAGAUCUCAUUAUCAGCUGCUGGCCUGACCCAAACCCACCAGUCUGCAAGAUCCUGUGCAAGCCUUCCAGGAUCCUCUUCCUCAUGGACGGCUUUGAUGAGCUGCAGGGGGCCUUUGAUGAGCACAUCGAGGAGGUCUGCACAGACUGGCAGAAGGCUGUGAGGGGAGACAUUCUGCUAAGCAGCCUCAUCCGAAAGAAGUUGCUGCCUAAGGCCUCUCUGCUUAUUACGACGAGGCCAGUAGCCUUGGAGAAGCUGCAGCAUCUCCUGGACCACCCCCGCCACGUGGAGAUCCUAGGUUUCUCUGAGGCCAAACGGAAGGAGUAUUUCUUUAAGUAUUUCUCAAACGAGCUGCAGGCCAGGGAGGCCUUCAGGCUGAUCCAAGAGAAUGAGAUCCUGUUUACUAUGUGCUUCAUCCCCCUGGUCUGCUGGAUUGUGUGCACAGGGCUAAAGCAGCAGAUGGAGACUGGAAAGAGCUUGGCCCAGACCUCCAAGACCACGACUGCCGUCUAUGUCUUUUUCCUUUCCAGCCUGCUGCAGUCCCGGGGGGGCAUUGAGGAGCACCUCUUCUCUGCCUACCUGCCAGGGCUCUGUUCAUUGGCUGCGGAUGGAAUUUGGAACCAGAAGAUCCUAUUUGAAGAGUGUGAUCUGCGGAAACACGGCCUGCAGAAGACCGACGUCUCUGCUUUCCUGAGAAUGAACGUGUUCCAGAAGGAGGUGGACUGCGAGAGAUUUUACAGCUUCAGCCACAUGACUUUCCAGGAGUUCUUUGCGGCUAUGUACUAUCUGCUAGAAGAGGAGGAAGAGGGGGUGACCGUGAGGAAGGGACCAGAAGGCUGUUCAGACCUUCUGAACCGAGACGUGAAGGUCCUAUUAGAAAAUUACGGCAAGUUCGAAAAAGGCUAUCUGAUUUUUGUUGUACGCUUCCUCUUUGGCCUUGUAAACCAGGAGAGAACUUCUUAUUUGGAGAAGAAGCUAAGUUGCAAGAUCUCUCAGCAAGUCAGACUGGAGCUGCUGAAGUGGAUCGAAGUGAAAGCCAAGGCCAAGAAGCUGCAGAGGCAGCCCAGCCAGCUGGAACUGUUCUACUGCUUGUACGAGAUGCAGGAGGAAGACUUUGUGCAGAGCGCCAUGGGCCACUUCCCCAAAAUUGAGAUCAACCUCUCUACCAGAAUGGACCACGUGGUUUCUUCCUUUUGCAUUAAGAAUUGCCAUAGGGUAAAAACACUUUCCCUGGGAUUUCUCCACAACUCACCCAAGGAGGAAGAAGAAGAGAAAAGAGGAAGUCAACCCUUGGACCAGGUCCAGUGUGUUUUCCCAGACCCUCAUGUUGCCUGUUCUUCCAGACUGGUGAACUGCUGCCUCACCUCUAGCUUCUGCCGAGGUCUCUUCUCAAGUCUCAGCACCAACCAGAGCCUCACUGAACUGGACCUCAGUGACAAUACUCUAGGGGAUCCAGGCAUGAGGGUGCUGUGUGAGGCACUCCAGCACCCAGGCUGUAACAUUCAGAGACUGUGGUUGGGGCGCUGCGGACUGACCCAUCAAUGCUGUUUCAACAUCUCCUCUGUCCUGAGCAGCAGCCAGAAGCUGGUGGAGCUGGACCUCAGUGACAAUGCCCUGGGGGACUUUGGAGUCAGACUGCUGUGCGUGGGACUGAAGCAUCUGCUCUGCAACCUGCAGAAACUCUGGUUGGUCAGCUGCUGUCUCACAUCUGCGUGUUGUCAGGAUCUCGCAUUGGUUCUGAGCUCCAACCAUUCUCUGACCAGACUGUACAUUGGAGAAAAUGCCUUGGGAGACUCAGGAGUUCAAGUUUUGUGUGAAAAAAUGAAGGACCCACAGUGUAACUUGCAGAAGCUGGGGUUGGUGAAUUCCGGCCUUACUUCACUGUGCUGCUCAGCUCUGACCUCUGUGCUCAAAACCAACCAGAACCUCACACACCUGUACCUACGAAGCAAUGCCCUUGGAGACAUGGGACUCAAGCUCCUCUGUGAGGGACUUCUGCACCCCGACUGUUAGACAACUGCAGCCUCACCUCACACUCCUGCUGGGAUCUCUCCACAAUUCUGACCCAUAACCAGAGCCUCCGGAAGCUGAACUUGAGCAACAACGACCUGGGCGAUCUGUGUGUGGUGACGCUCUGUGAGGUUCUGAAACAGCAGGGCUGCCUCCUGCAGAGCCUACAGUGAGUUGGGGUCCCCCCCCCCCAGAGCUUCUCGUCGGUGGGGUGGGGAGGGUGGGAGGAGAGGACGACAAAGAUCAGAGUUUCUCUGGAUUAAUUUGCAGUUUUCUGAAGAAUCUAACUCAACGCUUCCUUUCUGUUUUCGCAGGUUGGGUGAAAUGUAUUUAAAUUGUGAAACAAAACGUACCUUAGAAGCUCUCCAGGAGGAAAAGCCUGAGCUGACUGUUGUUUUUGAGAUUUCUUGGUAGGUGUGGAAGCAGGACUGCCAGGUGCCCCGGUCCCACCCCAAGCCCUACUGUUCUUCAGUGCUGCAAGCCCUCCUUCACCAGCAGGACCAAGCCAGGGCGCUUUUAGUGUAGGGUCUGGAGCAAAGGCCUGUGUGGGAACAAGUAUGCUUUCUCCAGGGAAGACACUGAUAAUACGAAACUACUAGAGGACGCCCUUCCUGUCAGGUCCUCAGUCAGCAAGUUGUUCCCUCUUGGUGACCUGAUGGGACCAUUUUCUAGAAAAUGCAUUUUCUGUCCUUUUCCUCCUCUUCCUCCUCCUCUUCUCCCCCACUUCUCUCUUGUUUUCUUGAUAUGUGUUCAGAGCAUUGCUCUUGUCUUCUUGUUAACUGACCAUACCAUAUAAGUAGCUGGCAAGUUUGUGGCAGCCUCUCAGCUACGUCUUUGCUUUUAUUUUUAUUUUUUUAUUUAUUUAUUUUUUUUUGAUUCUUUUUUUCGGAGCUGGGGACCAAACCCAGGGCCUUGCGCUUCCUAGGUAAGCGCUCUACCACUGAGCUAAAUCCCCAGCCCCUGUUUUUAUUUUUUAAUAGUUAUGAAAACUCAGAGAUUUAUAAGAUGCAUUUUUGUGUUUAUUGUAUGUUUGUACUGCUUUCUUAAUUUAAAAAUGUAUCUAGAAUUCUUUUAAGUUAUUUAUCCAAACUUCUAAAAAUAAAUCACUUUAAAAUAUCUCUUUGCAAAAUGAUUCUACUUUGGUUAAUGGGAGGGCAGGAAUCAGAUCACUCAGGUCUUGGAGGAGAAAUUUCAGCUCUGUUAGCAUAGAGUAUAGCGUCAUACGGGGGAAGGCUGGCUCACUGGAGAAAUGAAUCCUUCCGCAUUCUCAAAUAGAAGCAUAGCCUCGUUUCAUCUUGCCCGUGGGUGACAAUAGCUUACCUUAGGUGUAUCCAUUUGAAAAGCAGCUCCUCUCCUAAGUGACAUGGAGUAAUAAGUCACAGAUAAAUUCUAACUUCCCUGUACACAGAAACAACUUUUAGACUGCUGGGGACAGCAUGCCAUGACAGGGACUGCCAACAGUAGGCUGGGACGGAGACAUCUCAGAAGCCCGUGGCAGCUCCUUAUAAAAAAAAGAAUGGUGUCUGGAACCUGAGAAGCAGAAGACACAUCCCUCCAGGGGACUGGCCAUCUGAAAUAAGGGACUAUCCGAAGUAGGCUGGGAUGGAAAUAUCUCAGUAGCCAAAGGCAGCCCUUUUUUUUCUCCUAACCAGCUGUACAGAUUUCAUUUGUGCGUGACUGCCUUUCAGUUGGCUUUGUAGUGUAUAAUUAUUCUAUUAAAUCUGACUUUCCUACUCCCUU